AUGAUGAGGAGGAAUACGACCCCGCCGAGCGCGAGCCCUCCGCCUACGACGCCUCGCAGUCCUUGUUUGAGCGCGGCUCAGGUCCUGGAACAGAUAUCCUCCAGUGUCGACCAAGAAGACGAGGAAGACUACAUGGAAUCCGAAGAGGAGGACGUUUCGGAAGAUGAAGACGGUGAGGAAUACAACCCCGAGCGUGAUGCGGACGACUACGACGACGACUCGGCCUCACGGUCGUGCUCCUCUUCGGAGGAAGAGCGAGAGGGAGAGCGAGAGGGAGACACGGCCGCUGCCCGAGAGCGAGACACAGCCAGAGAGCCAGAGCGAGACAGAGAGGACGCGGCGGCAGCCGCCCGAGCCCAAAGGGAGACGUUGCUGUCAAAGAACGGCAAAAUCAAAUGGUCCUCCGUGGCCUAUCGCGGCCCGGACCGGCCCCGCGCCAUCCGCCGCCCCGGCUCCGUCGUGACGCCGGGCCCCACGGCCUACGCCGCGUCGCGAGCGCUCGACAUCGAGUCCGCCUUCCGGCUGUUUGUCACACCGGCGAUAGAAAGGAUCAUUGUGGACAUGACAAAUCUGCAGGGGGUGAGAAAAUACGGCGACGGCUGGCGACCCAUGGACUCCACCGACCUGCGCGCCUACGUAGGGCUGCUGAUCCUAGCCGGCGUCUACAGGUCCCGAGGCGAGGCCGCGGCCAGCCUGUGGGACGCCGAGAGCGGCAGGACCGUGUUCCGCGCCACCAUGCCGCUCAAGGUGUUUCACAAGUACUCGAGGCUGCUGCGAUUCGACGACCGCCAGUCGAGACCCGCCAGACUCGCCACCGACAGACUGGCGGCCAUAAGAGAGGUAUGGGACCUGUGGGAGGAGCGGCUGCCGGCCCUCUACAACCCGGGGCCCGACCUGACGGUGGACGAACAACUGGUCCCGUUCAGAGGUACCGUCUAUUGUCCCCGCUUUAACGAUGACGCUGCUAAUCUCCUCUCCCCUCCCUUCUCCCCACCGAAAGGACGCUGUCCUUUCCGACAGUACAUUCCCAGCAAGCCGGCCAAAUACGGCAUCAAGUCGUGGGUGGCCUGCGACGCCAAGUCCAGCUACGCUUGGAAGAUGCAAGUCUACACCGGCAAGGCGGCCGGCGGAGGCCCCGAGAAGAACCAGGGCGCCCGCGUCGUCCUCGAUCUGACCGAGGGACUGCCGGGCGGUCACAACGUCACGUGUGACAAUUUCUUCACCUCCUACGAACUGGGCCAGCGGCUCCUCGAGAGGAACCUCACCAUGGUGGGCACGGUGAGAAAGAACAAGGCCGAGCUCCCGCCCGCGCUGCUCCAGUCAAAGGGCAGACAGGUCCUGUCCUCCAGGUUCGCCUUCACGCCCACCGCCACUCUAGUGUCCUACCUGGCAAAGAGAAAUAAGAACGUGCUACUUCUGAGCACGCUGCACGCGGAGCCCGACGUUAGCGAUCGCCGCGACCGGAAGCCGGCCCUCAUCCUAGACUACAACUGCAACAAGGGCGGCGUGGACAACCUAGACAAGGUGGUCGGGACCUACAGCUGCAGACGGAUGACCGCCCGCUGGCCCCUGGUCAUCUUCCACAACAUCCUCGACGUGUCCUCCUACAACGCCUUUGUCAUAUGGCGAGAGAUCAAGCCCGACUGGAUGCCUGGGAAGCGGAACAAGAGGAGGGUGUUCCUGGAGCAGCUCGGAAAGGCACUCGUGAAGCCCUUGAUACAAAGAAGGCAGCGGCUCCCCCGCACCCAAGCCGCGUCCGCACUUGUCAAAGUCCUACAGAGUGCCACCGCCGAGGCUCGUCCGCCAGCCCGGGAGCAAGCCGCUGGCCCGGCCGCCGCCGCCCCAGCCGCCCCGCCGGUGGCGAGUAAGAGGAAGAGGUGUCAGCUCUGCCCACCCAAGAAGGACGCCAAGACCUACACCGUGUGCUGCAGGUGUAACAAAUACAUCUGCAAAGGCUGUUCACACGCAUACUGUCAAACUUGUGCCCACUGGGCCUUUAGCCAAGACGGGACAGGGUGA